AUGUCACCCUCUUACGCACAAGCUACUUCAGCGUGGUUACCCUCCCCCUCCGAAAUGCCGCAACCCGACAAGGCUCUCCUCGCGACGACAGAGGACGUGACGGCGGGGAAACACUCUCCAUCGACGAUCGCGCACGGAAACGAGAACGCAAAGGUGCAGGUCGUUGGGGAGUUGACGCCCCCUCUUACGCCGCCGGGUGAGAAGGAGGAUUCGAUUGCGGCGGGAGAGGGCGUGAGGAGGAGGAAAGUGGGGAAGUCUUCCGAGGACGAGGAGCACGAUGUCCCGGGCAAGGGUUUCGUGCAGAGUAUUGAGGGGACUGUGAGUGCGGAACGCUACGUCCCGGAGGACCUCGACAAGCGGAUCUACAAGCCUUGGGUUCCGCGCGCGAACAUCGCUGCGACGCCGGAGCAUCCGUACGGCACGACCGCGGGCGGGUACGCGGAGAAGCACAAGGACGAGCCCGUUCUCGCUCAGCACGUCGCUUUCUUCGACAAGGACCGCGACAACAUCCUGUGGCCGCUCGAUACCUGGCGCGGGUUCCGCGAGAUGGGGUACAGUUUCUUCUGGUGCACCUUCGCCAUGUGUGUGAUCCACUUCUUCUUCUCCUGGUUCACCACCCCCAACCGCAUCCUCCCCGACCCCUUCUUCCGCGUCUACAUCUCGAACGGACACCGCUCGAAACACGGUUCCGACACGGCCGUGUUUGAUUCAGAAGGCAGGUUCAUCCCGGCUAAGUUUGAGGAGAUCUUUACCAAGUUCGAUAAGGGCAACAAAGGCGGCUUGACCUUCCGUGAAGGCGUCCAGCUCAUCCACGCCCAACGCCAGGCCGUCGACCCGAUCGGCGUAGCUGCCGAGUGCUUCGAGUGGGCUAGCACGUACUUGCUGAUUUGGCCGAAAGACGGGAUUUGCGACAAAGAGUCCAUCCGUACAGUCUACGACGGUUCGCUCUUCUACCUCGUCGCCGACGCAGAACGCCAACGCUCCCUCGCGCGCCUCGAAGCUCGCAAACACAUGUCCUGGCCCGCUUGGGUUUGGGAUUCGGUGCCCGGUCCGUGGAGGGGGUGGGGGAAGGAGAACAAGGCGAGUGGGUUUGAGUGGACGGAGGAGAAGUUCCUGUAA